AUGUCCCUCUGCAAAGACCACGCCCCAAAAGAGCAACGUCCCCACCCCCAGACAGGAGGCCAUGCCUGGAACUCUGAAGCACACCCAGAGAACCACUGGCUGGAGACGCUGAACCCCAAAAGGUCACUUGGACUGAAAGGUUUUGGGCCCUUCCGGCAGCACCUGGUGAAUUCCAGCUGGGAAGCAGUGAAGGAGCUCUCCCAGCUGGGCCUGGGGAACGACGUGGAGGUGGAACUGCGGACCCUUCAGUUGCCUGUGGAUUACAGGGAGGCUGAGAAGAGGGUUACCAGAAUCUGGAAAGAUCUACGACCUCACCUCGUGGUGCACGUGGGUGUAGACGCCUCCGCCAAGGUCAUCUUUCUGGAACAGUGCGGCAAGAACCGAGGCUACGCGGACGCCGACAUCCGGGGUUUCCGGCCAGAGGGCGGUGUGUGCAUCCCUGGUGGCCCGGAAGUGAUCGAGUCCAGGGUCAGCAUGAAGGCAAUCUGCAAGCGUGUUGGAGUGCAAGAGGUCGAAGUGGCUUUUUCCCGCGACGCCGGCAGAUACGUUUGCGAUUACACCUAUUACCUGUCUCUACGUCGUGGACACGGCUGUGCAGCCCUCAUCCAUGUCCCUCCGCUGUCGCAAGGGCUCCCGGCCAGCCUGUUGGGAAAAGCCUUGCAAGUCAUCAUCCGGGAAAUGCUGGAAGAGACCGGCAAGCCCAGGUUCAAAGCCUGGUUCACAGAAAACUCAACCCCAGCGAUUCUGCCGAAGGGAACCAAUGCGUGGAAAAAAAUUAGAAAAAAGUAAACGUUUCA